GAGCCACGGAUCAGCGCUUAUUCCUCGCCACCAGCUUUACUGUCCGCACCUGUAGCUCCAUCAGAGACGUGUUUUUAAGCAGCAGGAGUCAAACAGCAGGUAUAGGUGAGAAUCUGAAUCCACCUCUGACCUCCACCUCUGAGAUGGUCAGAAACCACCCGACAGGAGAGUGUAGAGUGGACAGGCUUGUUGGGUGGGAAAGUGAGAGAGAGAGAGGGUGAGUGACAUGCAGGUAAUUGCCUGGCCACUGCAGCAGGGACUUCAGUAUGAACCAGGUGAUUUUCAGCAUUUAGACAAACCAGUGUGUUAGGACACGUCCCACUCAUCGUCGCUGGCAGCCUAUGCACAUGCACGACACCAUGGGCAGCUCCCCCGAGGUGCUCUCUUGGACUUCUUGUCCUAGUCUGCUGGUGGGCAAGCUGAAGGAGGAGCUCAAACUCACUGUGGUUGGGGACGCCAUGAAGAAAUCCAAUUCCCCUAACUCCCAAUCGCAGCCUCCUCAGGCCCCUCUCUCUAACUUACCUCCUCAGAUUAUCACAGACCUCGCUCCACCGACGCACCUGCCGGUUCCCCUGCAGACGCUGCAGACUCCUGGCCAGGAUGAAGAGUCCAUGUUGGGGGGUAUUAGUCCACCAAACACAGCCCUGAGUGUGGACUCAACUCGGAGUGAAGGCGGACACUUUGACAACAGCGUGCUCCAGUUGCAGGAGCAGGACCAGGAGGAAGCUGGGUCUCCGGCAUCCCAUGAGCAUGGUGGAUGUGGCAGUGGCAUGGAUGAACAGAUGGGAGAAGGGGACUGUCCAAUGGACCACAAUGGAGAGGGGAAGCCGAAUCUGCCGCACCACCCUGAUGACAUCAAGCUGCACUUCCAAAGAGCAGCACCUGGGUCGGGGGGCUUCUUAGAGGGGCUGUUUGGCUGCCUGCGGCCCGUGUGGAACAUUAUAGGGAAGACGUACUCAACCGAAUACAAGCUACAACAGCAAGACAUGUGGGAGGUUCCUUUUGAGGAGAUUUCAGAGCUCCAGUGGCUUGGCAGUGGUGCACAGGGCGCCGUCUUCUUGGGCAAGUUUCGCUCUGAGGAGGUGGCCAUCAAGAAGGUGCGAGAGCAGAAGGAGACGGACAUUAAACACCUGCGAAAGCUCAAGCAUCCCAAUAUCAUCAGCUUCAAGGGUGUGUGCACCCAGGCACCAUGUUACUGCAUUAUCAUGGAGUACUGUGCCCAAGGUCAGCUGUAUGAGGUGUUAAGGGCAGGGAGGAAAGUGACACCAAGGCUGCUGGUGGACUGGGCCACAGGUAUCGCCAGCGGCAUGAACUACUUACAUCUGCACAAGAUCAUCCACAGAGACCUCAAGUCUCCCAAUGUUUUGGUAACCCACAACGACACUGUGAAAAUCUCCGACUUUGGCACAUCCAAAGAGCUCAGUGACAAAAGUACAAAGAUGUCAUUUGCGGGGACAGUGGCCUGGAUGGCCCCAGAAGUGAUAAGAAAUGAGCCCGUGUCUGAAAAAGUAGACAUCUGGUCAUUUGGAGUUGUGUUAUGGGAACUGCUGACUGGAGAGAUUCCCUACAAAGAUGUGGACUCCUCUGCCAUUAUUUGGGGCGUUGGCAGCAACAGUCUUCACCUACCUGUCCCCUCCACGUGCCCAGAUGGGUUUAAAAUCCUCAUGAAACAGACAUGGCAGGGAAAGCCCAGGAAUAGGCCUUCGUUUCGUCAGAUCCUCCUGCAUCUUGACAUCGCCUCUGCUGAUGUUCUAGGAGCUCCUCAGGAGACCUACUUCAAGUCUCAGGCAGAAUGGAGGGAGGAGGUGAAGAAGCAUUUUGAGAAGAUCAAAAGUGAGGGCACCUGCAUUCACAGGCUGGACGAGGAGCUGAUCCGACGCAGGAGGGAUGAACUCAGGCAUGCGCUGGACAUCCGGGAGCACUAUGAGAGGAAACUGGAGAGAGCCAACAAUCUCUACAUGGAGCUCAGUGCCAUCAUGCUGCAGCUGGAGGUCCGAGAAAAGGAACUGAUGAAGAGAGAGCAGGCAGUGGAGAAGAAAUAUCCCGGAACAUACAAGCGCCACUUAGUCCGACCGAUUGUUAGAGCCAACGCUGUGGAGAAGCUCAUCAAGAAGAAAGGAAGCAUUUCCCACAAACCUGGAAUGCCUCCCACCAAAAGGCCAGACUUGCUUCGUUCUGAUGGCAUCCCCAGCGUAGACCCUCUCCCGUCCCCCUCACUGUCUGCAAGCCCAAAGGUCUCCACACCUCCUGGCAAAGCCCGUUAUCGAAGCAAGCCUCGUCACCGCCGCGCCAACAGCAAAGGAAGCCACAACGAGUUCUCCGCUGUGCUGAAGCCUGUUGCUGGGGCACCAGAAGACACCCAGUCUCUCCAGGAGCAACCAAUCCACCAUCAUCAUCACCACCACCACCACCACCCACCUCCACAAAUGGAGGGGAACUUUCUCCCCUUGAAAGGCCGUGAAGAGGCCGUCGUCAACUGUGCCAACAACCUGCGAUAUUUUGGCCCUGCUGCCGCUCUCCGUAGCCCUCAAACUGACCACAUGCAGCGCCGCGUUUCUGGCUCCAGUCCUGACCUCAUUUCCACUGCUGUAGAUGCAGAUACGCGACAGCGGACUUCAUCCACCAGCUCCAACCCUGUAUCAGGCGCUGGUGCUGGUACUUUAUGUCCCUGCUGCCAGGCUCAUCCCUUCCCUGGCUGCCUACACUGUCAGGAGACCCCUCCCACAUCAAGCCACCCAGAGCUGUCACACUACUCGCUGCUCAACACCCAAGAGGGCACCCAGUCUUCUCUGGGGGCACACAACAAAGACGCAGUCUUGGAUGGAGAGAACUCAAAGAAGACAGAGCCACAGGAACAGGAUGCAUCCCAGCACGCACACACACUGCCCUCUGCACUGCCCCGCACUCUCAGACCACUCAGGAAGGGUGGUGAUGAGUCAUCUGAAGAAGAGGAGGGAGAGGUGGAUAGUGAAGUGGAGUUUCCAAGGAGACAGAGACCUCAUCGCUGUAUGAGCAGUUUCCAGUCCUACUCCACUUUCAGUUCAGAGAAUCUGUCAGUGUCUGAUGGAGAGGAAGGAAACACCAGUGACCACUCGCACAGCGGACCCCUGGACAGGCUGAGCGCCAGUCAGGAGGAGCACCUGGACGAGCUGCUGUCGCACACUCCGGACAUCCCCAUCGACAUCUCCACCCAGUCAGACGGCCUCUCUGACAAGGAAUGUGCUGUCCGCAGGGUGAAGACACAGAUCUCGCUGGGAAAACUGUGCUCUGAUGAACACAGCUACGAGAAUCCACUUCAGUUUGGGGAUUCAGACUGUGAUUCGUCAGAAGCGGAGUGCUCCGAUGCCACUAUUAGAAACAACAAAGUCGGGGCUCCUUCCUCGUGGUGAAACCUGCCCAAGGGCUCAGCGCCGUUCCUGCCUGGAGGCCAUCACGUCCCUCUCUGCUCUGCAGAAAAUUCAGCAAUAAGAGGACAAACAUUGUAAACAAAGCUCCCUAUAGCAAUGUCCCAUGUAAUCUCCCCCCACAUGACCACCUCCUUUUCCCCUACCUCCUUAAACCCACCCCAAUUCCCGUUCAUCUAGCACAGCAUUCAGGCAACCCAUUGCAGGGAUUCCCUUUUGAAUGGUAAUGUACAGUAAAUAGUUUAACAUUCAUAAUUUAUUUUUGUCUGAAUUUUGAAGGAAAAUUCAGGAACUAUGUAAUUUUUCUGAUCUGCCCAGAGGAAAAAAGACAUUUUGAGCCCAAGCAUGGGUUUACUAUGUGAUGGAGGGAGACCAGGACUGGAUGAAAGUGUAGAUGAUGAUGAUGACGAUGAUGAUGAGGAUUUAUCCAUCUGAGAUUGACAGCUAUCAGUGGGGAGAUGCAUAACUGCAAUAGUUGGCCUCUCAGGUGACUGACAGAAAAUAAGCAUCACUGCAAGUCAUUAUCUUGCUGCAGUUGCUUUCAACAUCUCACUGUUGUGGACAGAAAUCUCCAAACAGCUGCAGCCUGACCAACCUGCUUUAUCAUGAGUUUACAGUAUCAAAUCCCAGUACCCCAGCUCCUUCGCUUCCACCCCACCCCCACCCCCC